GGGCAAUGUUGAAAAAAUUAGCGCGACACCUUGACCUUACAAUCUCAUUCUCAAGGCCACAUUUAAACACUUUCUCUAGGUAUCUCUCACACUCCCACACAAAAAUGGCCGACGACCCCACCACAACGCCCUCUGCCGCCGCCGCCGCCGCCGCAACCGCCGAACCCGCAGACUUAGCUCCACCCCAACCACUCUCGAAGAGCGCCCAAAAGAAGUUAAUAAAGCAACAAAGGUACGAGGCCAAGAAGGCGGAGAAGAAAGCUGAAGUGAAGGAGCACAAGAUGAGAGAGAAAGAGAGGAAACGGAAAGAAUGGGAUGAGAAGCUCGCAAACAUGUCUUCUGAAGAAGAAAAGUUGAAAUUGAUUGAGUCAAGAAAAGGGGUUCGAAAGGAGAGAAUGGAGCAGCGGUCAGAGGAGAGAGAAAAGAAGUUGGAGCGUCUUUCUUGGGCUAAACUUCAUGGUCAGAAUAUUGUUAUUGAUCUUGAGUUUUCUCAUCUUAUGACGCCUAAUGAACUCAAUAGCCUUAUUCAACAGAUAAUGUAUUGCUAUGCAGUUAACAAUAGGUGCACUUCCCCUGGUCAUCUGUGGCUGACUGGAUGCGAGGGUAAUAUGGGAAGCCAUUUGAAUAGAAUUCCAGGAUUCGAUAAGUGGCUCAUUGAGAAAGAGAAACAGUCUUAUAUUGAAGCUUUGCAAGAUCAGAAAGAGAAUCUGGUUUAUUUAACUGCUGAUGCAGAAACCAUCUUGGAUGAUCUAGACCCCAAGAAAAUUUAUAUCAUUGGUGGGUUGGUAGAUCGUAACCGAUGGAAAGGGCUAACUAUGAAGAAAGCUGAAGAGCAAGGUGUUCAAGCAGCAAAGCUUCCUAUUGGGAAUUACUUGAAAAUGUCCAGUUCACAGGUCCUCACUGUAAACCAAGUGGUGGAGAUACUUCUCAGGUACCUGGAGAUGAAAGAUUGGAAGGCUGCUUUCUUUCAGGUGAUUCCUCAGAGGAAACGAUGUGACACAGACUUGGGUGAUCAUGAUAAAGAAUUAGAAGGCGAUGGGAAGUUAGAGAAUGACAGUUGUGCGGAGAACCAAAAGAAAAUGAAAUUAUCUGAAACAGAUUCUGAGGGAAGUGAAAGAGAAGUGGAAAAUGGUGAAAAUGUGAAGGAUAAUGUAUCCAAACUGAGGGAAGAUACAGAUUCAGAGGCAAGUAAAAGGGAGAUAGAAGUUGAUAAAAGUGAGAAGGAAGAUGUCUGAUGAAUACAGAGUAACAAUAUGUUCACUUCUCGUUUUUCUUUGAUGUAUUUCGCUUAACCUUUUCCCCUUUUAUAGGGGGAUUCAGUUUUAGAUUAAUCUAAUUUUCCUCAACCCUGAGUAUUUGCAAUUUGCGAGUUCCUUACUUUUCUUUACUGGAAUGCCUUGGCGUUUGUGUGGUUUUACCCCUCUCAAAUUAAAUGUGGCAUCCAUUAGGAAAGGUUGGAGGUGGUUUAGAUUAUUCUUUAAUUGGUGACAAACAGGGACAAUAGCCUGAUAUCUAAACCUGAGCCUUAAUGACCCAUUACAACCCCACUCCUGAACUGGGUGCAACGAACCAGCUCAUUGCCUGCAGCAACUCCCAAGUGCCAACAAGAGUGCCUCCAUUCGAAUUUAAUGAUAGAACUUGUUGGAAAACCAGGAUUAUAUUGGCGCGGGCUACUGUCUCAUUGGCAGAUUGUUAAUUUAUGAACGCAGUUUUGAUAGACUGAGCCUUGGUUUUCACUGCUUAUUAAACAUGUUGUGUACUGUACGACUUAGUAUAUUAGGACAAAUAAUUAGUAGUUAAUUAUGAGUGUAAAGCUAAUUAUGGAUUUAGAAAUUGGGCUAUUCAGAGUAAA